UAUUUUUAUGCCAAAUUUGUAAUCACAUUUAUGAGAAACAAUUGGAGGUUUUGUUGGUUUGGAUCUGGCGGGGACCAUACAAGAUUGAAGAUCGAAGAUUGAGGAGUGAGAGAGAAAGAGAGAGGAUGGGAGAGAGCGCUAACGUGCGCACCGGGGUGGUGUGGACUGUGUUGAUUCUAUGCUUGACGAGUAAUCUUCUAUCGGUGGGUCAGGCGAUUUGGCUGAACCUGCCGCCGACGGGAACCAAAUGCGUGUCGGAGGAAAUCCAUAACAACGUCGUCGUAUUGGGCGAUUACGUCCUCAUCCACGGGGAUCACUCUCUCCCCGUUCGCACCAUCUCCGCCACGGUCACAUCGCCAUACGGAAUCCUUCUUCACCAACAACAGAAUGUGACACAUGGUCAGUUUGCAUUUACAACUAGUGAGGCUGGGAACUACAUGGCAUGUUUUUUGGUGGAUGCUCAUCAUCCGGUUUCUGGAGAUCUAAGUGUUAACCUUGAAUGGAAAAUCGGAAUUGCUGCAAAGGACUGGGAUUCAGUUGCAAAGAAGGAGAAAAUUGAGGGUAUUGAGCUGGAGCUGGUAAAGCUUGAAGGGGCAGUGGAUGCCAUCCAUGAAAAUCUUCUCUACCUCAAGAGCAGAGAAGCAGAGAUGAGGUCAAUGAGUGAAACAACAAACGAGAGAGUGGCAUGGUUCAGUAUCAUGUCGUUGGGAGUCUGCAUUGUGGUUUCAGUUUUGCAGUUAAUGCACUUGAAGCGAUUUUUCCAAAAGAAGAAACUAAUUUAGACUUUGCUGAUCUACUUAUAUUUGGUGAAUGCAGAGGAAGUUUUAGAGUCUUUUCUUUUUAACUUGUUUAUUUAUUGACAAUGAAUUUUUUUAUACAAUCUAUAUAGAAUGUUCAUUUUUUACUGUUUAAAAUAAAUAGAAAAAGUUGGAAUAAAUUACACAAACACCCCCGAGGUUGGUUAACCUUACAGAGGCACUCCCUUUCU